UACUGUCUUUAUCAUUGUGACCUAAUUGUGAUGUGUGGUGUUUAUAUUCUCUCCUUGCAUAUGAACAUAAUAGGCUAUGUGUACAGAUGUUUUGCUUAGUCUCUUCAUUUUUAAAUGUAUGCCAGUAUAUUUUGGGCUAAAUGCUUUUGUUGUUGUUGCAGGGGAAUCCUUUCGCUGGCCACCUGUUCGGAGUGAGAUCUACUUUUCCCACAUCAUCAUGUCCUCGGAGAACAACUUAGAUGAUGAGGAUACCUUCAAGAUCCUGAUUGCUACAGAUAUUCACCUCGGUUACCUCGAGAAGGAUGCUAUCCGUGGCAAUGACUCCUUUAACACACUCGAUGAAAUCCUGAAAUGUGCCAAGACAAAUCAGGUAGAUUUCAUCUUGCUGGGUGGGGAUUUGUUCCACGAGAACAAGCCGUCCCGCCGAUGCCUCCACAGCUGCAUCACUAUGAUGAGACGAUACUGCAUGGGAGACACGCCCAUAAACUUCAACAUUCUCAGUGACCAGACUGUCAACUUCAACACCACUCAGUUCCCCUGGGUUAACUAUCUGGAUGAAAACCUGAAUAUCUCUAUUCCUGUAUUCAGCAUUCAUGGUAACCACGAUGACCCAACUGGGGCUGAAGGUCUGUGUGCGUUGGAUCUGCUAAGUGCCUCUGGUCUUGUCAAUCACUUUGGUCACUCCCACUCAGUGGAGAAGAUAGAAAUCAGUCCCAUCCUAAUGCAGAAAGGCAGCACCAAGCUGGCCUUAUUUGGUCUUGGUUCUAUUCCAGAUGAGCGCUUGUACAGGAUGUUUGUCAACAACCAGGUCACAAUGCUUCGCCCCAAAGAAGACCAAGAUGAAUGGUUUAACCUCUUCACCAUCCAUCAGAACAGGAGUAAACACGGACCCACUAACUACAUCCCCGAGCAGUUCCUGGAUGAAUUUAUCGACUUGGUGGUCUGGGGUCAUGAGCACGAGUGUUUGAUCGCGCCAACCAGAAAUGAGCAGCAGCUCUUCGAUGUGACGCAGCCCGGCAGCUCUGUAGCCACCUCCCUGUCCCCUGGAGAGGCAGCCAAGAAGCACAUAGGGCUGCUGAGGGUGAAAGGUCGUAAAAUGGAACUGCAAAAGAUCCCUUUAAAGACAGUGCGUCAGUUCUUCAUCCAAGAUGUGGUGCUGGAUGACUACCAAGACCGCUUCACAGCGGAGACGCCCAACGUCACGAAGAAGGUGGAGGACUUGUGCUAUGCAAAGGUCACAGAAAUGUUAGAAGAAGCUGAAAGAGAAAGACUUGGAUGUCCGCUCACCCCGGAGAAACCUCUGAUUCGCCUGAGGGUGGACUACAGCGGAGGCUUCGAUACGUUCAGUACCUCUCGCUUCAGUCAGAAGUUUGUGGACCAGGUAGCCAACCCGAAAGACAUCCUUCACUUUCUCAGACGCCGGGAGCAGAAGGGGGACGGCAAAGAUGAAGUCAAUGUGGACUACAGCAAGCUGCUGAAAAACACAGCCGUGGAGGGGCUGAGAGUGGAGGACCUGGUGAAGCAGUACUUUGAGGCAACCGAACAGACGGUGCAGCUGUCCCUCCUGACGGAGCAUGGCAUGGGGAAGGCCAUUCAGGAGUUUGUGGAAAAAGACGAGAAAGACGCCAUCGAGGAGCUGAUCACGUACCAGUUGGAGAAGACACAGCGCCACCUGCAGGCCAGAGGAGUCGUCACGGAGCAGGACAUAGACACCGAGAUCCAGCGAUUCAGAGACUCCAAAAAGAACACAGCCGAGGAGGAGAACGAAAUCAAAGAGGCGAUCGACAGAGCCAAAGCUCACCGAUUGGAGCGCGGCAACGAGCCCGUCGACUCCGAUAUGUCCAACGAGCUCGCCAUGGACUCUGACGAGGGCUCGGCCGCGUUUGCUUCGCCCCCCGCACGAGGCCGAGGACGAGGAGGGAGGGGCCGCGGAGCCCGAGGGAGGGGAAGAGCGUUUCAAGCUUCGUCACAGAGAUCAUCUCGGGCUGCGGAUGAAGUGAUCAUUGAUGACUCGGAUGAAGAUAUUCCUGCAAGGAAAGCUACCCGACCCCCUCCAAAGUCAGCAUCUUUAUCGUCGUCGUCGUCCACCACCAAGCAGAGCGCUCCCAGCCAGAGCCCGUCGGCUAGAGGAGUUGCAUUUGAUGACAGCGAUGAUGACGAUGAUGAUGAGGACCCAUUCAAAGGCCGCAGCAGACCUUCACGGAGAUGAACACAAAGAGCAUCUAUUAUGUAACGCAACAAUGUGUAAAUGCUAAUUAGCAUGUGAGCUGUAGCAGCGUGUUCUGGAGCACUUGAAGUGCAUUUUCUAAUUUUCUCAUCACUCGGUCCACUUGUUGUUCCCUAUGAAUAAUGAUGUUGAUUACCUUCUGAUUGGGGUACAACUAUCCAAUCCAUCUGUUUUGGUGAAGGAUGUUCCUGAAAUUUGAGAUGUGCAGAUUAUAUAACUUUUUACAUACAAUUCAAUUCAAUUCAGUUUAUUUGUAUAGCCCAAUUUCACAAAUUACAAAUUUGUCUCGGAGUGCUUUACAAUCUGUACACAUAGACAUCCCUGCCCCAAAACCUCGCAUCGGACCAGGAGAAACUCCCAAAUAACCCUUCAGGGGGAAAAAAAAAGGGAAGAAACCUUCAGGAGAGCAACAGAGGAGGAUCCCUCUCCAGGAUGGACAGAUGCAAUAGAUGUAAUGUGUACAGAAGGACAGAUUUAAUCUUAAAAUACAUUCAAUGAAUAUGACAGAGUGUAUGAAUCGUUCAUAGUAGGCAUAUUCCACGAUCCAUCAGGCAGAUGGCGGUGGGGAGGAGGAGUGGGUGGAGUCUCAACAGUGGGCGGAGUCUCAACAGGAUAGUGGCGUAGUCAGUAGCAGGAAUUCCACGACCCAGACCUCGAUGAUCCAUCAGCAGAUAGGAUCUAUGUCGUCUCAUAGGGUCCGAUGACCCUAUGAGACGUGAAGUCAAAAGGACUUCCGGGGAGAAAGCAGAGUUAGUAACGUGUGAUUGAGAGAUGAAAAUUCAUCCCUAAGGAGAGAAAAAAGAGGAGAUAGGUGCUCAGUGCAUCCUAAAACGUCCCCCGGCAGCUAUAAGCCUAUAGCAGCAUAUCAAGGGGCUGGACCUGGUGAACCUGAUUCAGCCCUAACUAUAAGCUCUGUCAAAGAGGAAAGUCUUGAGUCUAUACUCUUAAACGAGGUGACUGUGUCUGCCUCCCGGACUGAAAUUGGAAGCUGGUUCCAUAAAAGAGGAGCUUGAUAACUAAAGGCUCUGGCUCCCAUUCUACUUUUUAAGACUCUAGGAACUACAAGUAGUCCCGCAUUUAGUGAGCGCAGCUCUCUAGUGGGGCAAUAUCCUUAAGAUAUGAUGGUGCAUCACCAAUCAAGGCUUUGUACGUUAAGAGAAGUAUUUUAAAAGUGAUUCUUGAUUUUACAGGGAGCCAGUGCAGAGCAGCUAGUGCAGGAGUGAUGUGAUCUCUUUUCUUAGUUUUAGUGAGAACACGAGCUGCAGCAUUCUGAAUCAACUGGAGGGACCUAAGAGACGUAUUAGAGCAGCCUGAUAAUAAGGAGUUGCAGUAAUCCAGUCUCGAAGUAACGAACGCGUGAACCAAUUUUUAUGCAUCUUUUUGAGGCAAGAUGUGCCUGAUUUUUGAAAUAUUACGUAGAUGAAAGAAUGAAGUCCUUGAGAUUUGCUUUACGUGGGAGUUAAAGGACAAGUCCCGAUCAAAGAUAACGCCAAGAUUCUUUACAGUGGUGUUGGAUGCCAGGGCAAUGCCGUCUACAGAAUCCACAUCACCAGAUAAUUGAUCUCUGAGGUGCUCAGGGCCGAGUAAAAUUACUUCGGUUUUGUCUGAGUUUAACAUCAAGAAGUUUCAGGUCAUCCAUGUUUUUAUGUCUUUAAGACAUGCUUGAAUUUUACUUAGUUGGUUGGUUUCCUCUGGUUUUAUCGAUAGAUAUAGUUGAGUAUCAUCUGCAUAGCAAUGAAAGUUUAUGGAGUGUUUCCUGAUAAUAUUGCCCAAAGGCAGCAUGUAUAAGGUAAAUAAAAUUGGUCCAAGCACAGAA